AUGACUCUUGGAAUCCAAUCGAAACAGAGGAAUUUAUUCUUUCCCACUUUGCGCACGGCGGCGGCUUCAUCCUCCUUCCUCAAUUUUUCUGCCUUCUCUCACUUCUCUUCCGACCAACACGCCGCUGCGCGCCCUCCGCUCAUCAAUUCACCUUCAUCGCUUCAUCUUUGUCCCAAUACCUCACCUUUGUCUCAUCAUUUGACUCACUACAAUCAUGAUUCGCUUCACUCUCAUUUCAUCGAUCCAGAUAUAAACCUCAAAAAAAUCUCAAACUCGAAGAAUAUUAAGCGUAAAGUUAAGUUGGUGAACUCUUGGAAGAAGCAUGAAGAUAGGUGGAGAAACUCUUGGGCAUAG